CAUGCAAAGCAGCUGAUUCUCAACACAACGUCUGUUGCGUCUAACCCGCGUCAUCAUCGUAGUUUCACUUGUCCCUCCACGCCUUACUCCCGACGCGCUUCGUGUAGCUCACGUGAAGUUUAAUUCAGCGCGACUGGCGGCGCAGCUUCCACCAUACCGCAUCGUUAGUUUCGUCUCCAUCGCGUUUUGCACAAUCAGUCCGUUGCUGCUGCUGCAGCAGCUGCUUCACUAGGAUGUCGCACAACCCGAGCCAUUUGAUGCCGACAGAGCUGAUCGACCGGUGCAUAGGGUCGAAGAUCUGGGUGAUCAUGAAGGGCGACAAGGAGCUGGUUGGAACGCUGAGGGGCUUCGACGUCUUCGUCAACAUGGUGCUGGAAGACGUCACCGAGUAUGAGUACACGGCAGAGGGCAGCAGAGUGACCAAGCUGGAUCAAAUACUUCUCAACGGAAACAAUAUCGCUAUUCUUGUCCCUGGUGGCAGCCCAGAAGGGUCAUAAAAUUAUAGUGCAUGCAGCUAUUUGGUGUUCCUUCUGACACCAUUUUUCAGUAAAACAAGCUCAGCAAGCUCCGUCCGAGCAGGCUUUAUUGUGGCUGCCUGCGUGGAGCCCAGAAGCUUGCACUAGGUCUUAGGGAGUCUUUGGUAUGGGGGUGGGGUGGGGUAGGGUGGGGUGGGGGGAAAGUUUUUACCAGUAGGUUGAAAAAUGGAGGCAUGCCUGAAAGCCCAAGACUAAAAUAGCAAACCCCUUUCAAGUUGGGCCCAGCUUGAACAAGAGAAUGGGCUUAGUUUGAACAAGAGUUGGGUUUUUUUUGGGAGGGGCAGCAGGCUAUGUUUGAAAUAGAUUCGGAAGCAGUUGUGCAUUGAAAUUAUCGAGUUGGGGUGGAAGUACUGUUCACUUGCUCGCGUGGCGAUGAUCUGGCUUGUCGUACGGUGGCAAGGUGUCGCACGAUUUCUGAUCCCCCUGUGACACUCGAGAAGC